AUGAAUACUGUUCUAAAGGGAGAAUAACCAUAUCUAGAAUAACAGAGGAAAUCAACAAUUAGUCCGGAAACUGGGAAACAGAUAUCAAAUAUUUUACAUAGAAGAAUCAAUUAUUCAUAAGCUGAUUUAAUUACUCCAAUAGCAGUGAAAUAAAGCCAUAAAAAAUAAGCAAUUAGUCAAGGAUUAUAGUAACUGCUUAAAUCUAGUCCUUAUUCCAGAUUAGUAUCCUAAAAGUCCUAGCAAUAACUAUCAUAUUAAGACAGUUUUUCUUAAUAAUAUCUGAAUGGUUAUACUCCAAAUUGUUAGUAAUCUUAGGUGUUGUUUAAACCUGAUGUGAGAACACCCUCUACUACUUCAAGCAGCAUAAAACCAAGAAUGAGAAAUCAGGCUAAGGACUCAGCGUAGAAAAAAUCAUUUGAUUUAUAUAAUGCAAUGUCUUUUAGAGAAAAAGAUAAGUAAACAAUAUCUUAACUCCAAAACAUAAUAUAAAGAACAUCUAUUUUAUUAUUAUCAUAUAAAGAAUAAUUAUAAAGAGUCAUCUUAGAAAAGUAGGAUUUGAUAACUUAAAUCGAGAAUAUAGAAUAAAAUAGGACAAAAAAAUGA